AUGUCCGCGCCUGCGCAGACGGAGGAAGAAUCCGUCAGGGAUGCCAGUCCUGUGGAACGCAGCACAACGCCGACACAAUCGCCGCCACCGCCACCUCACGAUGAGGCAGGCGAACCUGCACCGGGGCGUGCUAUUAGCUCGACACCUUUACUGUCCCGUUCUGCUACCCCUACUGCCCUGCGCCCUGUCGAGGCAUCAGCAGAGCCGAUCCGGCCCUCUGAGGCGCCAUUGCCAGUCCCCGAAAUUAUGAUUCCAGAUGUACCAGCUCCGGCAACAAUCGUCAGUACUCAUCCAACCAUCCAACCCGAACACCUUCGGGUGCCUGUCGAGAACGAUGGUGGUAGGACAAGCAAGAAGCUCUCACUGCAAGCGGAUGUGCUCGUCACUACACGCUCAGCUGUAGAAGCGUGUUUGAAACGUCAUGUGGCAGAACGACAUGAAUUACAUGCAUACCUGGUGGAGACGAAGAUGCGGAAUCAGAGAACAUUUCAAGAACAAGACCUACGCGCCUGGUCCAGUAAGCAGAAGCGUCCACAACAGCCCAUCCUACCCGAAAAGUACAUCCAGAAGACUUCCCCCUUUGAGAACAUGCGUGCUAUACAAGUGCCGUUCGACAGGGCCAACACCAAGCGCCUCGUGGAUAUGAGUCAGGAAACAUUCAUCAAGGCCAAACCCAAGGACACAGUGGUCAAGUCAAGCCUAGCCGUACCCACUACAAAGUACAAGAGCGAUGCGCCAAAGAUUCCUCCUUUCAAAGAGUAUGUCAGUCUGAGGAACAACGUUCUUAAAGACAAUGAGUCAAAAUUACUCGCAACACCCUAUUUCCAGGACGAAGACUAUCGUGGUCGCGAGGUUCUGCUGGAUACGCUUCCUUACAUGUACGAGAUGACGCAUGACGAGAAGGGGCCGCUAGACUUCCGCAAGGAACAGUGCCGGUUCUACGAUAAAGCCAUCGAAGCAUUCCUGUCUGAGAUAGGCAUCACGUGGAACGAUAUCCUGUUUUGGUUACUAGCCCCGGAUCAAGACAUUAUACAAAUCAACGACUCUUUGAAUGGAAGCAAGCAGUUUGAAGCACAGCUCCUCGAAAGAUCACGAUAUCACAUUGAGGAGUUUGAGAGAGACGGUGAGCCGAAGAAGGCUAUUCUGUUUGACAGGAACAACAAAAAGUGGGAAGAGUUUGUCGCACAGCUUGAAGAGCCGAUCCCGAGUGCUCUGAGACUUGCGGCAACAGCUUCUGCAGCGGUAUUCAAAGAAUGUGAAUUCAGCAUCUGGUACUUAGCUCAACAGUCCAAAGCUGUACAGAGUCUCAUACAGAAGAAGUCUGCACAUCAGCAGUCUUCCAAGCACUCAACGUACAAAAAGAUCAUGUGCAGAGUGUGCCAUCAGUAA